GGCGUUUACAGUCUGUCUGUGUCACUGGCAGGCAAACAUUGAACCGCUGGGUGUGUAUAUUGUCACCAGGUAUCUAGGACAAGACAGUCCGGUUUGUCUGGUUUCUCCGUUCAUUGAUCAGUGUGGACCCCUGUGUUGUUUCACAGUGCAAAUAACGAACUUUGAUGAAGCAUGAAACAAGCUUUUCUUUCCAUAGCUUCCUACAUAGUGACGACACAUAAGAUUCAAUUACAAUGACGAUUGCACGUCAUCAAUGGCCCAACAUCUACAAACUGCAGACUACCGGUAGCUCUUGUGGAUCUGCAACAGUUCAAAUUGUAGCUGGAUACUUCAUUGCAUUUGUUGUAUUUUGGAAGCACUACCUGUGAUUUUCUUUUUUUUUGGAUAAUAAAUACAUUGCAUUCUAUCUGAAUGAAGUUAAUUACACAAGUACCUUUGGCAAGAAAACAACAUCAACAUUCCAUUUAUCUGCCAGAGAUAAACAAUGUCUAAGAACACGGAAAUACUCAAUUUUUCUUAUUUGUUGGAUCAAGAACGAGAGGCGAUAUUGGCUGUGCUGAAAAGAGAUGAGAACCUGAAGAAAGUAGAGGACAAAAGAGUACGGAAAAUGAAAAAUGAACUCCUGGAAAUCAAAAAGAAGGGUGGCAAAAUCAGCAGGUUGCGCCAGAACAGUGCCAAAAUCUGUGUUCGCUGUCAGAAGAAGCUGGGGAUAAUCUUUGACCGUGGAGACUUAUGCCAAGCCUGCCAGUUCCGUGUGUGCAAAGCAUGUCGCGUUGUGGUAAAAGACAGAGUUUGGAGGUGUAAUGUGUGUGCCAAAAUUGCGCAGAUAAGGAUAGCAACAGGGGACUGGUUUUUUGAAGAACGAGCCAAGCGGUUUAAAAAUUCCACUGUGCUGGGAUGCGAUGUGGUCAGGAAAUCUAUUAUGAGAAAAACGCCAGCGUCCACUAGAGUAGUAGAAGAAUCUGAUAAAAAAGAAGAUGCUCCAGUGCCUGCCGCUUCUGAAACUGCCCAAGCUACAGAGGGCAAUGCAAAACGCAUCCCUGACAAAAAAUCUGGAAAAGGUGAAGAUACCAAAAGCCUACGUUCCAAUUAUGACGCCCAGAGCCUGAGAAGUACCCGAUCGAUGCCUCGUCCUAAUGGUCUUGAUAAAAGACUAGGAAAACAGAUGAGAAGUGGAGAGGAUGCAAUAAGCAUUCAUUCAAAUCUUGACGCCCAGAGCUUAAAAAGCAUCACAUCGAUCCCACAUUCUGAAAGCAUCCCUGACAAAAAAUCUGGAAAAGGUGAAGAUACCAAAAGCCUACGUUCCAAUUAUGACACCCAGAGCCUGAGAAGUACCCGAUCGAUGCCUCGUCCUAAUGAGAGGUCCAAAAUAGAUAUCCACAGUCUCCCAGAGGCUUCUCAGGCAGAUUACCUUCAAAGUGUCCGGGACAAUGGUGACGGAGUUAGUCAAGCAAGCGUUAAAAUUGACUCUCGACCUGAAUCCAAGCGUAGUUCACCAGUUUCUGUGAUUGGAAGUGUCCAUUCCUUGGGUGGUGGCAGUAUUAACUCAACACAAAGCCGGAGCAAUGGCGGUAAGACCAACACAACUGUGGUCCUGCACGCAAGUUCACCAACACCAAGUAAAAAAAGCAUAUCUUCAAACUACAGCCAUAUAGGUUCAAUAGCAAGUGGAAUAAGAGCUAGUUCUAGCAUUCCUGAGGACAUUUCGAAAGGGCAUAGAAGAAAGGGUUCUGGAACACCUUCUCUAGCUUUGUCUAGGGUGUCUGUAGCAUCCGAUCGCAGUCGAUCAGAACUGGAUCUUAGUGGACAUUAUGCAGAGGGAAAAGAAGACACGGGAAGCAUCAGAAGUAAAUCUAUGUCAGUCCCUGGGGGUUUGAACACAGAGUUGGAAUAUUUAGAUGAACACGAAGAGGAUUUCCCUGCAACUAAUGCACACAAAACAGAUACUCUUAGUGCAUAUUCCAUGAAUGCUCAAGCUGUCUCUGACAGGAAGUGGACCCACUUAAGUGUCCCUGAUGCUGAUGCAGAUACUACAAGUCUUAAUAGCAUGACAAGUGUCUACAGUGAAGGUUGGGACUAUGAUAAUGCAAAAGUCUCUGGAGAACUUGUACUCAAUCUUAGUUACAGCUAUAAAACUGGUGCUUUGAAUGUUCUGGUGAAGAGCUGUAAAAAUCUAGCAAUUGCCGAUGAGAAGAAGAAUCGAACAGACCCGUAUGUUAAGUCAUAUCUACUUCCAGACAAAUCACGGCAAAGUAAGAGGAAGACGAAAAUUAAAACUAAUGCAACUAAUCCAGAGUUCAAUGAAGUUCUAAAGUACGUAAUCAGUCAUACUCAACUGGAAACCAGAACUCUGCAGUUAUCUGUGUGGCAUAAUGAUCGGUUUGGGCGUAACAGCUUUUUAGGAGAAGUAAAUAUUCCUCUUGACAGAUGUAACUUUGAAAACCAAGAAGAUGAGACUUUUACACUGCAAGACAAGAUGGACUUGACAUCUGAUGUAACCCUGCAGUAUAAAGGAGAAAUCACAGUUGGGCUACACUACAUUCCUCCUGAGAAGAACCUCACUCUUCCACUGGAACCAGUGACAGUAGGAAAGAAAAGUUUUAGAAGGUCAAAGAAAAUUCCCAUGCCAACUGGAGGGAUACUAGAGGUACUAAUAAAGGAAGCCAAAAAUCUAACUGCAGUGAAAUCCGGGGGCACUUCAGACACAUUUGUCAAAGGAUACCUAUUACCCGAUAACAACAAAUCCACAAAACACAAAACUGCAGUCAUUAAAAAGUCAGUGAAUCCUCAAUGGAACCACACUUUCUCCUUCACAAGUCUAGAGCCCAAUGACUUGCCGAACAUCUGCCUGGAGCUGAUUGUUUGGGAUAAGGAAUCCUUGACAAGCAAUGUGUUUCUGGGUGGAGUCAGCUUGAGUUGUGGCAGUGGUAUAAGUUAUGGCAAUGAAGUUGACUGGAUGGACUCCCAAGGUGAAGAACAGUAUCUGUGGCAGAAAAUGAUGGACAGCCCUGGAACAUCCGUUGAAGGAACCCUAAUGCUAAGGUCCACUAAGGCAAGACAUAAGAAGACGACGCAAAAGUCCUAAACAUGUCAAGAGUUACUGAUACUAAUAGUAGACUAUUUUACCUGGAUUCCAUUGCUUGGCAUUUUAUUGUUGCUUCUCAUAGACUGACUGCACUUUGGCCAUAGCUUUAGAACUGUAAUUAAAGGGAUGCUCCUGCACAUUUGUAUAUGGGACUGAUAAUGUCUAACUUAUGGACAUACCAAUGACGUGUAUUUUCAUAACAUGAAAUACACCAUUUCUUAUUUGAUAACACUUUGCAAAGUAAACUUACAAAGCCUGUUAAACCUUA